AUGAAGUAUCCGGUCAAGCCGGACUUGUACCCGUGGCAUGAGGUGUACCCGGCGUUUGUCAAGCCCGAGAUGAGCUACGCAGAGAUGCCCAAGGUCGAGAUCGCUGACAUUGGCUGUGGAUUCGGUGGUCUCCUCAUGGCCCUCUCGCCACUCUUCCCUGACACCCUCAUCAUGGGCAUGGAAAUCCGCCUCAAGGUCUCGGCCUACGUCCACGAGCGCAUCGUCGCCGCCCGUGCCAACGGCAACGGCUGCCAGAACCUUGCAGUUACUCGGACCAACUCGAUGAAGCACCUCGCCAAGAACCACCGCCGCCGCAUCAUCUCCCAGGCCCUCCUCGCCGAGUACGCAUACACCCUCAGGGUCGGCGGUAUGCUCUACACCGUCACCGACGUCCUUGACCUCCAUCAGUGGAUGGUCGAGCACCUCGACGCCCAUCCGCUCUUUGAGCGCAUCCCGGACGCCGACGUCGCCGACGACCCGUGCCUCGUUGCCGCAAUGACCAAGACUGAGGAGGGCAUCAAGGUGGCCCGCAACAGCGGCGACAAGUACCCCGCCGUCUACCGCCGCAUCGACGCGUAG